GUGGUUCUGGUUAUCAGUCGUCAUUAAUUCACAUGUAUGGUAAUAAGCAAGGAUUAUAUGUAUCAUCUAUCGAAGAUAAUAUUUGUAAAGUUGAAGUUUAUCAAGAUUCGCAAUUAAAAAAAGCAGUAGAAGGAACAUCUCCGAAUGAUGUUUGGGAACAUUUUAGUAUCAAUAAAUAUAACGGUAUUGAACUUUUUGGUCUUAGUUAUACAGUUACUCAACAAUUAAUCAAACAGCACCGAAUUCCUACUUGUACACCCAAUCAAUGGAAUGAUUUUUCUGUUAUAAAAACACUCUAUGAUUAUCAUUUAAAGCGUAGAACACUUUCUAAUAUUAACUGGCAUGAUCUUUUUAUUAAUUGGUCAACACAAGAAAGUAACAUUAUUGAGCUGAAUUCCACGCUUAAUUCAUUAUAUCCAAAAGAUUAUCAAUUUGAUAGUCGAGAAUUAAAUGCGUGGCGAUCAAUGUUUCGCGCUGCUGGUGCGCAUGAAAUAACACCCUGGUCAUAUGCAGAAUCAAAA